AUGUUACUUCCGUACCCGGCCCGAUCGCUGCACUUGCUCAGGGCGGGCUUAGCCCUGCUCGUGUUCUUCACGAUCUACCGUUACUUGCACAUCUCCUCGAAGACGACCACGAUCGGCAAGCAGCCGGCUCAGAAUGCGCUUCCCGUGCACGAUGGUAGUCCAGCUGCACCGGUUCAAGGUGAUAUUCCCCAGGAUAAUAUCGCUUCCCAUGGGACUUCCAAGGAUGUCCCAGGCCUGCCGCCAGCGAGUGUACCGCCGCCUGAGUUACUCCCUCCAUCUUCACGGCCGGACACUCUCAGCAUGAACCUUCCUCUGCCGGACGAGUACGCCGUCCACGACCCAACAUCAGAGUUCUGCGCGGCGCGCUUCACCACCAAGUGGUUCGACGUGGUCCGCGCAGGCCACGUGCAGUACUGUAUCGGCAGCGCGGCCUCGCGGCUGCACUGCUUCCACACGCCGCCCGAAUUCCACAACGACCAGCACGUCGACACGUUCUGCAUCGCGCAAAAUGUCGUCUUCGACCCCGGCCGGGACAUGUUCACCCUCGACUGCCCCCUCACUAAGCACGUUCCCCCUGGAGUCCCCGCGUCCCCCUGGACCUUCCAUCAGUACUGGUACGAGACGGGCCCGGGGCCGAUCUUCUGGCGGUGGAUCACGCUGCAGGACACGGCCGGGAUGGUCAGGCACGCCCCGAUCAAGGGACCUGUGGUCAUAGGCGGUGGUGGCGUGGCAAAGCCAGCCUUGGGGUCUUCGUCGUUGUCGUCACCAGCCUCCCCAGGGCAGCAACCACAAUACGACCGUGAACCAGACUUACCAGGGCGACCAACUGAGCGAGCCGUGGUAGAGAACGAAGACAACGACCGCCGCAACAGCAGCAGCAGCCACCAUGAGAAACGUCGCUCACCAGCACCGGGACCAUCACAAGAUUCCUCAGACUCAACCUUGCGUCUCCUACUGUCCCCGGAGUCCAAGGCCCUUGAGAAGGCCGCCCUCGCCGCGUCCGAUUGGACCCCGCGCACAUUCACGUACCUUCUUAAGCGCGAAGGCUCGGGCAACAUCUUCCACUGCCUGCACGAGAUCCUGUCCAUGACGCAGACUUUUGACGCGCUGCGCACGACGCGCGACCCGGUCACGGGUAACCCCUUCUUCGUCACCAUGCAGGACGUCGCGAAUACGCAGAUCGUCAUCAUCGACGGGCACAGCGACGGACCGUACUUUGACCU